GGGCGGUUGAACAGACACAUGAUGAAAUGUGGUGUUUUGAGGUGUUUUCAACAUUGCUCAGGUUGUAAACUUGCAGGGAAAAAGAUGGAAAUUGGAAGAUGCCACUGGGUGAAAUCUCGUUUUUUUUUAUUUUUGCGAGCAAGAGAUUUUGGAAUGAAUUUUUGCAACCCAAACGUAUUGGAGACCAUUGAGGCCGGUUUCCCACAAUUUGUUGCGAUUGUUUUUGAUUUCUUUUGGCCGUUUGAAUCACAUGAAGGGCCUUGCCCAAAAGGUUUGAGGUAUCUGUUUGAUGUUGUUUGUACCCUCCUUGUUAAUGCUGGCAAAUACUGAAGCGUUUUUGGGAGUGUGAUUGAAACAGAAUAACUGAUGAUGUCCAAGCUGUAAUUUGAGUUCAUCCAUGAGGUACCUACUUCCAUGCUGGGCUGUGAAUUGUACCAGAUGAUUAGUGAACGGCUUCCUAUGAGGCCAGGUGCUCGCCUCUCUGUUCAGAAUGGAUCUUCCCCGCUGAGCUUGCGCCUGACACUGAAGCAGCAGGGAAUGCCAGCAGGAUCUGCUACAUUGUCAUGUGUUUACCUUCCUGUCAACCUCCUUGCGGCUUGGAAAUACCUUGAAGGAGAGAAGGUGGACGAUGAGGAAUUUGUGCUACAUGGGCUUACGCACAUAGCAGGAGUCGAGUCACGGGACUGUGACGAGAUUCUUGAGUUGCCAAACAGCCUGCAGCACUUGACCUUGUCGAACAGUUUUGAUGACAGCCUGACCCGAGUAAACUUUCCCCGUGGACUGUUGCAGCUGAACUUUGGCGAGUGCUUCAACCAGAGCUUGAACGGCGUGGUUUUGCCAAAGGGCUUGCAAGUUUUGUCUUUUGGUGAUAGCUUUAACACGCGCUUAGAUGGCGUGACUUUGCCCCGAAGCUUGCAGACUCUCACUUUUGGCCACAGCUUCAACCAAAGCUUAGUUGAUGUGGAUUUGCCAAAGGGUUUGCAAGUUUUGUCUUUUGGUCGUAGCUUCAACAAACGCUUAGAUGGCGUGACUUUGCCCCGAAGCUUGCAGACUCUCACUUUUGGCCACAGCUUCAACCAAAGCUUAGUUGAUGUGGAUUUGCCAAAGGGUUUGCACGUUUUGUCUUUUGGUGAUAGCUUUAACAAACGCUUAGACGGCGUCACUUUGCCGCGAAGUUUACAGACUCUUACUUUUGGCUAUCAUUUUAACCAAAGCUUAGAUGGCGUGACUUUGCCAAGAGGAUUGCAAGAAUUGUCUCUUGGAAGUAGCUACAACAAGUCCUUGCAGGGCGUGACUUUGCCCCGAAAUUUGCACAGCUUGACUGUGGGAAAUAAUUUUAAGAAAAGCUUGGAUGGCGUGACUUUGCCGAGAGGUUUGAAGAGCUUGACCCUGGGAAGAUUGUGUGAUACGGGCCUACAAUUCAAACAGAGCUUAGUCAGCCAAACUUUACCGGCAUCAUUGCAAGACUUGGCUUUGGGGUCUGGCUUCAACCAGAGCUUAGAUCGGGUCAAAUUGCCAGCAACUUUGCAAAAUUUGACUUUGGGCGAGAGUUUCAACCGAAGCUUGAAUGGCACCAUUCUGCCAGCAUCUUUGCAGUGUUUGACUUUUAGCAACGACUUCAACCAGAGCUUGGAUCGUUUAACUUUACCAGCAUCUUUGCGAUCAUUGGCAUUUGGCUGCAACUUCAACAAAAGCUUGGCUGGCACAACUUUGCCGGCAUCAGUACAAAAUUUGACAUUUGGCCACUGCUUUAACCAAAGGUUGGAUAGCGCAACUUUGCCUGCAUCUUUACAAAAUUUGACAUUUGGCCACUGCUUCAACCAGAGCUUGGAUCGCGUAACAUUGCCAGCAGCUUUGAAACAUUUGACUUUUGGGGACAUUUUUAACCAAAGCUUGGAUGGCACGACUCUGCCAGCAUCUUUGCAAACAUUGACAUUUGGCUACGACUUCAACCAAAGCUUGGAUGGCACGACUCUGCCAGCAUCUUUGCAAAGAUUGACAUUUGGCUACGACUUCAACCAAAGCUUGGAUGGCACGACUCUGCCAGCAUCUUUGCAAACAUUGACAUUUGGCGCCGACUUCAACAAAAGCUUGGAUGACACAAUGUUACCGGCAUCUUUGCAAAACUUGACUUUUGGGGACGGUUUCAACCGAAGCUUGAUCUGGGCAACAUUGCCAGCAUCUUUGCAAACAUUGACAUUUGGCUACGACUUCAACCAAAGCUUGGAUGGCACAACUUUGCCAGCAUCUUUGCAAAGAUUGACCUUUGACCACAAUUUCGACCAAAGCUUGUAUGGGGUAAAUCUAGGUUUGGAGGAAUUUUGUUGUAGAGGGUUGUUGGUUCGCUCAUCAAGGUGACGCGGUGGCGCUCAUGGUUCUGAUUUCGGAGUGG